CAGGGGCGCUCGGAGCGGGCGGGGACGCCAGAGGCGCACCUUCUCCUACUGCGCAUGCGCGAGGUGCCAGGUGCCGCCACCCAGCGGAGUUAAAGGGGAGAGACCGGCAUGGUUGAAAAUUCUCCAGCCCCGUUGCCAGAAAGAGCAAUAUAUGGAUUUGCUCUUUUCUUAGGAUCGUGGUUUGGCUUUAUUCUGUAUCUUAUCUGGGCAUACGUUCCUGAGACUUGGCUGUUCUCACUGGGACUAACAUACUGGCCUCAAAAGUACUGGGCAGUUGCGUUGCCUGCAUAUCUACUAGUUGUUAUAGGAAUUGGCUAUAUAUUACUUUUUGGUAUUAACAUGAUGAGUACAGCUCCACUCAACUCCACGCAUAAUAUUACAGAUAACUAUGCAAAAAAGCAACAACAGAAGAAAUUUCAAGAAGAAGCAAUUCCUGCAUUGAGAGAUGUUUCCAUCAGUGAAGUAAACAGAAUGUUUUUCUUUCCUGAAAAGGGCAUCUGUGAUAGUAGUUAAUUGUAUUUAAGGUCUGUCUGAAUAAAGUAUUGGUAGCAACAUUACAGAAAUAAAAAAGAAAAUCAAAACCUGUCCGUGCCAGGAGAAGAAAUUUUCUGCUGGUAUAACAAAACAUUUUUUUUCUGAAUUUCUAACUUGAAUUCAUGUAAACAUAUUUGUUGAGAUGGCUUGGUUUUGUUAUGCAUAGGCCUUAAUAAUCUUUUUGAUUCUGAGAAUAUUGCCACAUUAAUUUAACCGUUCUUGUGAUUUGAAAGAAAUGAUCUGUUACUUAUAGGCCAUUCGUAUAUUUUCCCUGUCAGUGUAAACAAAAAAGAACUUGAGCCUAACUCAUUUCUAUUUUUCACUGAAUUCAGAGAGAGCAAAUGUACUCUGUUAGAGUAAUGCUUGAGAAUCUUAAAAUCUUUUCCCUGUUGUUUUUGUUUUGAUUUGGAUUACAAGUCACAUUAAAAUGAAGUAUUUCCAUUUUGUAUUUGCAUUUGUAAAUAUUAAUAAAAUAUAGUUAUUUAUUUUCACA